AUUUUCUUGCCUCCCUUUCGGCUGUCACCGCGCCGGAAGCAAAAGUAGACAACGAAACUCCUUCCCGUUUGACAGCUCUUUUCCAUCACAAGUAUGGCUCCGAAGAAACCGUCUGAAAAGUCCGCGGGCCAACCGGCCGAAAAGAAGGAGAAGAAGCCAGCAGCCGCUGCUUCUGGCUCUGGCGAGAAGAAGGCUGCUCCAGAAAAGAAGCCGGCCGCUGAAAAGAAGCCGGCAGCCGAGAAGAAGCCGGCCGCUGAGAAGAAACCAGCAGCCGAGAAGAAGCCAGCUGCCGAGAAAAAGCCAGCCGCUGAGAAGAAGACAGCGGAGAAGCGUGCUGCCCCAGCUGAUUCCAAGGCUCCAGCUCCGGAAAAGAAGAAGGCUACCGCUGCCGAUUCCAAGAAGACUCCGGCCGCUGCUCCCAAGCCUGACGCUAAGAAGAAGAAGGAUGCCAAGAAACCAGCCGGUGCUACUGCUGCGAAGAAGCCAGCCACUGGUGCGGCCGCCAAGAAGGCCGCCGAUGCCGCGGCGAAGGCCAAGAAGACCGCAGCCGGUGACAAGAAGGCUGCCGCCAAGAAGACCCCAGCUAAGAAGGCGGGCUCCAAGAAGGGACCGGCCACAACCAAGAAGGUUGGCACGGUCAAGAAGGGUACCGCCGCUGGUAAGGGAGCUGCUGCUAAGAAGCCAGUCGCUAAGAAACCAGCGGCCGCCAAGGGCGACAAGAAGGCCACCGAGGCCAAACUGCAGAAGGGUGCCGCAAAGGCUCGUGCCGCCGCUCUGCUGAGGGCCAAGAGGACCAAGACCAAGGUCGUCAAGGGUGCGUUUGGAACUGCCUUGCGCAGGAUCCGCACCACGGUGAAGUUCCGUCGUCCACGUACCCUGCGUCUGCCGCGUAACCCCAAGUUCCCGAGGAAGUCGGUGCCAACCCGCAGCCGCAUGGAUGCGUACAACAUCAUCAAGUACCCGCUGACGACGGAAGCGGCGAUGAAGAAGAUCGAGGACAACAACACCCUGGUGUUCCUGAUCCAUCUGCGCGCCAACAAGAACCACGUCAAGGCCGCCGUCAAGAAGCUGUACGACAUCAAGGUCUCCAAGAUCAACACCCUGGUGCGACCGGACGGCAAGAAGAAGGCGUACGUGCGGCUAGCCCGCGAUUACGAUGCGUUGGACAUCGCCAACAAGAUCGGUAUCAUCUAAGCCUCCAAACGCCGUGUUCUGUGCGUAUUCCCUUAUUCUUUUAUGCUUGAAUUGUAUUGUUCUCUUAGCUUCUAAUUACGAACGGUAGGAAUUUCUGGGAAAGAUGAAUAUAUAUGAAUCCAACUUUCAUAAAA